AUGCUGUUUGCCAGUGCUACCAAGAUGAUGCCCAUCUCCAGCGUCUUGCGGACGCGCGGAGCUAUUGCAACCCGCGGCUUUGCCUUUUCUGCAACCAAGAGACUGGGUCUGAAAGAAUCAUCAAAUCAAACCAGCGUUGACUACGACCACCACAAGCAAGACUCCCUCGCCAAGCAGAAAAAGGGCUCAGGUCACUGGAAGCCGGAGCUCGCGUCCGACAGCGAAGAGGCCGUCAAGGCGGACCGGGCGUCAAGAGACCAUUUGGCGGAGAAGAUGGAUGCGUUGCAGGAGAGGACCAAGAGGGCUGCUGAGGAGACGAGCAAGGCCGGCACGAGCAUGAGAGAUUCGAUGUGA